AUGUUCUCGACUUCGCCAAGGGAGGUGGCGCUCGUGUUGACGCUCUGUUUCGCACAGCUUCUUACCCAGGCUGGGCUUGGACAGAGUGUCGCACCCCUCCACUACAUCGGCGACAGCUUCGGCGUCACAACGCCUGGCCUCUUGAGCUGGUACCCUGCCGGCUUCAGCUUGACCGUCGGCACCUUUAUCCUCCCUGCUGGCCGACUGGGAGAUGUCUUUGGUCCGAAGCGUCUCCUCCUCAUCGGAUGGGCUUGGUAUAGUCUCUGGUCGCUCCUCGCCGGCCUUGCGAUAUAUACCACGAAUUCCUUCUUCAUCAUCGCGAGGGUAUUCCAAGGCAUCGGACCCGCGCUCCUCUUGCCAAACGCUGUUGCUGUCCUUGGGCGCAUUUACAAGCGGGGCAGAAGACGGGAGAUCGUCUUCAGCCUCUUUGGCGCCACAGCGCCGUCCGGGUUCCUCGUCGCCGCCGUCUUCGCGAGCAUCUUGACCGACCGCGUCUCGUGGAGCUGGGCAUACUACCUCAUGGCCAUCACUUGCGCCUUGCUCGUCGUCGCGACCUGGGCUUUUGUGCCCGACGAUGACGAACCAGCACAAGCCCAGGAUCCCGGCGAGGAUGGUGGUCGUGUCAGCAUCAACGAAAGCAGCGAUCCGAUCUGGCAGCGUAUCGACGGCACAGGAGCGCUGCUAGCCGUCUUGGGACUCGUCCUCGUCAACGUGCCCAUCAACCAAGCACCGAUCUCUGGAUGGUCUGACCCGUGGGUCGGAACACUUCUGGGCGUUGGCGUCUUGUUCCUCGUUGCCUUUGUCCUUUACGAAAUGCAUUGGGCCAAACACCCUCUGGCGCCCCUGGCAAGUCUGACGAGAAACUCCAUCUACGUCCUCGGUUGCCUCGCGCUGGGCUGGUCAAGCUUCGGCAUCUGGAUCUACUAUCUCUGGCAAAUUCUCGAGCGACUUCGAAGACAGCCAAUCCUCCUUGUCGCGGCUCAGGUGGCGCCAGCGUCCGUCUCUGGCUUCCUCGCAGCAAUCUGCUCUGGCCUUCUCAUGGGCCGAAUCGGGCCGUCGCCUGUCAUGCUGAUUGCCAUGCUCGCAUUCAUGACGGGCAACAUCCUCGUCGCUACGAUGCCCGUUGAUCAGACCUACUGGGCUCAAGCAUUCGUCUCUUUCAUCGUAGCACCCUGGGGCAUGGACUUGAGUUUCCCCAGCGCGUCGAUCGUGCUGAGCUACAGCGUGCCUCGACACCACCAGGGCGCUGUCGCGAGCAUGGUCAGCACAGUCAUCAACUACAGCAUCUCCAUCGGUCUUGGGCUUGCCGGCACGAUCGAGGUUCACCAGAAUCGCGGGGGCACUGACGAUCUCAAGGGCUUUCGGGCGGCCCUGUACCUCGCCAUUGGUCUUGCUGGCGCUGGCGCCACGAUUGCCUCAGUCUUCUUCGCAUCGAGUAUGAUCCAGGGAAGGGAAAAACGGCGGAAUCGAGCGGCCGUGGCGUUCCGUUUGCAACAGAAAUCUUCGUUUGUGGAGAGCCCGUAA